AGAAGAAGAAGGAAGGAAGUGAAGUUAUGUUGUGUUCAAAUCGCAUGUGUUGAAAGUGUCUCUUGCAGUCAGGACGGGUAUUUAAUGUAAUAGCGUUUCUUCAGGGAGUCCGCAGAAACGUGGAAAUGGACGAAAGACUUGUUCGAGCCCCGAUUCCUCGGGAACUGGUGAAGGUUCUUGGUGUUGAGUCUCAGACCCCCUCUAAAGCGGGGGCCUUCACCCGGGCAUUCCUGAAGAACAGCAUUCUGCCGAACACACAACAGGAUGUACAGGGCAUAUUGAGUCACAAGGCGCUGAUACUGGGCUACGCCACGCCCAAGAAGGACAAGUCCAAGAGGAGCAGCAAGAAAGCCAAAGGACUCAACGCUCGGCAGAAGAGGGCGAUGAAGAUCUUCCAGAUCAAACCUGAGCACCAGAGAUACGAGCUUUUCCUGCCUCUGCAUGAACACUGGAAACAGUACAUCUCUGACCUGUGUGGUGGAUUUAAACCAACAAGCACUCCACAGUUUGUGCAACAGAAGCUCCUGAAGGCAGACUUCCAUGGUGCCAUCCUCACAGUGGUCCGGUCUAAGUGCCCAUCAUAUGUCGGGACUACAGGGAUUCUGGUCCAGGAGUUCAAACAUGUUUUCAAUUUCAUCACCAAAGAAAACAGACUGAAAGUGAUCCCCAAGAGGAACAGUGUGUUUUCAGUGGAGACCAACGGCUUCGUCUCCUACAUCUAUGGAAGCAAGUUUGAGCAGCGAGCCAGCGAACGCUCGGCCAAGAAGUUUAAAGUCAGAGGAACCAUCGACUUGUGAUGCGUUGCUACAGGAUGCAGUGCACCUCAACAGGAGAGACAUUACAGACUUCUACUGCCCUCCGUUGGUGGUCAGAAGGAACUGCAGCAACAGUGGCCAAUGUGCAGCAGGUGUGCUGUGGUCAUCUGCUGUCUGUGGGACCAUAAAACUCCAUCUGACGAAUUAUAUUUUUAUUUAUUUUUGGUUCAGUUUUCACCUUGUUGAAUAUGGAUGCCUUUGACACAUAGGUAUUGCCUUGUUUUAAAGGGGAACUGUACCAAUUUUGCACAUUCUGAAUCUGUUUACUUGUCAUGAGGAGUACUAAACAGCUCGUAAAAACAGUCAUAUAAUGUCCUGUGUGUCAGGAUGAUGUCAUCAAUUUGGGCUUGGAAACUACACAUUUAUAGGGAUGUCCCGAUUAAGGCCUCAAUUAAAAAUCCAGUUCCUUUAAUCUGCACACUCAGAGUCCGGUUUAGAUAUUUAUAUGAACUUUGAUGUUGAUUAAUUACAUAUCUGACACAAUGACAGCUGUACUGAAUCUGAAGCAAUCUUAUUUUUAACGAGCUACUUGAUGAAAAUACUGAAGGUCCUGGUUCAAAGCUAUAAAGGUAAUAAAGUUUAACGUGUAAUUCCUUAAAGAAAAGUUGCACCAAAACUUAGUCACCCAUCCCUGUUCAGUGAAUGUUGGCGUGGUGUGCUCUGAGUUCAAAACAGCUGCAAACCAGUUCAGUUUAAACAGCAGGCUUUAUUGCUUUAUUCUAUUCAGCUCUCGUCAGUGUGAGUCAUUAAAGUGAUUGAUUACAUUUAAAUUAAAAAGGAUGAGCUCAUGGAAGCUGGCAGAUGGAGCAAAUGUUCGCUGUCAGAAACAGUAUUUAGUUCAUUUUGUUUUAUUAUUUAGUGUUUAUUGUGCAGUAUAGAACGGAGCGAACACUUGUAACUGCACAAACGUCUGUCUGCACCUUUCUAUAGCAGACAGUGUGAAACGUGGCGGGCUGUCAACUGUUCCAGCCUGAUUACGAACUCUUUGUCUGUGUACUUUCCUGAACUCCUUUAACUGCUCCCGGGGCUAUCCGUGCACCUAAGUGCUGGUUUGCUUCUCACAUGUUGCUGCUCCCCAGAGUCCCUUGUUAGAGAACUCGUCUAACCACAUGCUAUCGAUACUGCUGAGCUGGAGGCAUCUGUGCGUUGACAGAGCAGACUUGUACUUUUUGGCCUUGACAAACACUUUUAUAACCCGUAUGCUAUUUUAAGACAGCUGUGUGGGCUCAUUACAGAGAAGCAUGCAGGUGAAGGUUUCACUCAGAUCAGAAUCAGAUUACUGAUAAAGAUUAAGACUGCAGAAUCCAGACUGUCAGGUGUGUUAUAUCAUGUCAAGACAAAAAUACAUGCAUGUCUGGGUUCAGUGCCGUGUGUGCUUGAUGUAGAGUUCAUGUGGCAGCAGUAGCUCAAUAGGGGGCUUGGUUAGGGAAGUAGAGGUUUGCUAGUUGAAGUGCUUGUACGUGUCCAAGUUUGGAGUGCAGACUGGUAGCUGGUGAAGUGCCAGUUUGCCUCGUGUGCUCUGGUUUGGUUCCUUAAUCAAGGCACAGAACCCGCAAAUGCUCUGCCCCUCAAAUUGACAUCCCUCCAUUUAAUGCACAGGUACAGGUCCUGUUUGAGCAUGUGUAUGUAUUUUAGGACAUGUAAAGGGAAAAAAAAUUGAAUUCCCCCCUCAGGAAAAUAGGGACACACAGUUCUAGUCAUGUAUAGUGCAAGCUUGGUAGGUGUGCCACUAGGCCUGUCUGCUCCCAGAUUUUAUACCGUACCAACAUGGCGGCUCAUUCUCUUAUGUCAGAAAAACAAUUUCGGUAAGUGUGUUUCUGAAAACAGUUGAGGUAAGUAAUAAGCCAUGCAAUUAAUCCUUUGAAACCUGAAGCAAUAUCCCUUUCUUUGUGCUGCUUUCAGACACCUUUUGCAAGCAUUUAAACCCUUGAACACCGAGCAAAUUAGCGCAAUUUCUUUUACAAACAUGGGGCGAAAAAGACAAUGAGUAACUUGGUAAGAAAUGUCCCACAAAUUGCAAAAAGUUAAUAGAUUUAGAAAUUUAUUUUUAAAAAGCUUAUAUUACGUCACAUAAUUUUUAAGCUCCUUUUCCUGGUUAUUUUGUUGUUUGUUUGUUUCAAACUUUUUUUUCAUAAUUUUCUUGUUUCAAUUUUCUCUUUUUGCUAAUUUCUUCAUGUCCUCUUUCAUUGCUCCAACCCAAGCCAAUCUGCUCACGUUUCAAAGGGUUAAUAAAUCUGUCGUCAUUUUAGAUCAACAUGUUUAGUUAAAAAGUUUUUCAGGAGUUUCCAGAGGCAGCGAGUCGCUCUGGACGCCCCUGAUGAGCACGAAAUAGCCCCGAUGUAACUUUUAGCAAAGGAGAAGCAGUCGCCCGUCUCUCAAAACUCAGUGUGCCGCUACCAGAAUGCAUUGCACAGCUGCUCAUGCAGAAAAUGAAUGGGAAGUGUGAAAUUGAUGGAUCCAGUGGACACAUCCAGUAACUCUCCUGGUUUAAUUUGCACCUUAAAGGGAGGAACUGGAUCUGUGUGAGUCGAGUAGAGGAACUGAAGAGGAAGUUGGUGUGGAGAUAUGGAAGGGAAAAUGUGACAUUACUCUUAAACCAGGUGUGAGGUUAAAAUGACUCGCACUGUUGCUUUGGAAAAAUGAUAAGUAUUGUAUCAUUCUGUUUUAUGGCAUCCACUUAGCAAAACUUUUCCAUGACAGACGUUUUGAAGCAUUACAUGAAGAAAUUAGGAAAAGCAGAGGUGUAAAUAAUAAAAUGAAUGAUGGUUGAAUUCCAUUUACGUAGCUGCUUCAGUUUCAGGGUCCUGCUUACAGAUCACUUUUCAAAGUCAAGGAUGCUUCCUUGGUCAGAUGGGUCCUUUCAGGUUGGGUCCUUUCAGGUUGGGUCCUACAGAAGCAAGGCAAGACUCCUUCCUAGCAUUCAGUGAACACACAUUGGAACAGGCUAGUGAGUGCCAAGGUGUGUGUCGCUGAAAAGGCUCCACCUUUGAUUACGGCAAAUUGUGCACAAAUAGUUGUGGUUACUGUGCCUGAGAAUGCAUACAUGCAUCCUAGAAUAUUCUCUGAAGGAAGGACUCUGUCCUCGGUAGAAGUCAAAGAAUCCCUGACACUGGAACAGUCCCUCAGGAAGUGAUGAUAUUGCCUCCUGGAAAUUCAGCUGUUAAAGGCUCUUCCUUUUAUCUGAGAAACACCUAUUGACAUAUCUUACAGGGCCACUUCAAAGCAACAGAGUCAUCAUUAAUGUUAAAAGUGCAGAGUGUCUUCAUGUCCUUUAGAAAGUCUUAAAAUGUCGAAUUCAAUUUUGUAAAUAUUAGACCUUAAAGGUCAUGUAAAUAGUCUUGAACUAGAAUCUGUGAGGUCAUUAACAUUUUGUCAAAUGUAAUUUCUCCAUCUUUUGAUUUCUUUUUCCCAAAAUGAGUCAGUCUCAUCUGCGCUGAACGUCACAUUUAUGAUUUAACAAAUCUUUAAUCCUACCACUGAACCUAAUACUUCAGAUGAGUGGUUCUCAAAUGGUGUGCCGUGAUGCCAAUCCAGGUGUGCUGUGCUUUAUGAUAACCACACAUUAUUAUUGCGAUAUUCAACUGGGCCUCUACAAAAAGUUAUGAAUUCAUUUUUAAUUUAGUGUAUCAGUAUGUUUUGUGCAUGCAUUUCCUAAUGAAGAGGCUUUAGCUAAAAACUAUAAUUUAAUUUAAAAAAACUUCAAGCUGGGGACCUAUUUUUCACCGUUCACGCAUUGGCAUGGUUAUUAGCCUGAUAAUACUGGCUUGCAGUUUGGUGUGCCUUGGGCACAAAAAGUGUGAAAACCACUGCUUUAGGUUACUUACACUUACCUGUUAGCAAAAUGUAGAUUAACCCAACUCACUCUAAUAACCUACUUCUGCACAGGACCCACGUUUAUACUGCCUAACUUUAUACUUAACUGCAAUGUUUGAAUAAGAAAAAGAUUAUUUGUCCAAAAAUCAGUCUUAAAUCUGCUUAUUGUCUCAAAAGCAUAACAUUUUAGUAUCUAUUGUAGAUGUCCUGUGGUAACCUGUGUGUUUCCUUUUAUAUGACAGCCUGCUGUGAAAAAAAGGCCUGUUACUUUAUUUCAACUGCAUAAUACAAAAUAUUCAUUGAUUGUCUGUCACCACUGGAGCACCACAGGCUGGAGCCUAUCAAGGCUGACAUUGGGUGAGAGGUGUGGCACACCCUGGACAGGUGGCCAGACACACAGAGCCUGUUUUUACCAGGUAUUAACUUGCAUCUCAGGUGAGCUGAUCACAAGUGGACACAGUAAAUCCAAGUGUAAACGACCACUGAGACACAUUAUGAUCUGAUCACACAAACCACAUUCAGAGGUGGUCUGGGCCUCAUAUGACCGCAUUCUUUCAGCUGUGUGAACACUAAAGUGUCCUGGGCCACACUGUGUGCAGUGUAACAAUUAAAUAAAAUGUAUCAAUUUUAAACAAUUCAGGCUUUAAGCGUGUGUAUAGCUCUACAAACCUCCCGCUGGUUAAAAACAAUAUGCAUUUAGUCUAUGCAAUCAGAAAUGAUUGCUAUGGUUAUGUAAAUAUAGAGCAGGAAAGUCAGAUCCAGUCACAAGUGUUCACUAUGUGGAGACGCAUUCUAGUGCUAAAUGUGAAUAGACCGACAUACAACUGUCCGCAACCAAUUACACCCACAUUCACAUCAACGGACAAUUUAGAGUCACCAAUUAACCUGCAGUCUGUGGACUGUGGGAGGCAGCUGGAGCACCUGGGGAAAACCAUCUGACAAGGGGAGAUCCUGCACACUCCACACAGAAGGGCAGGCUCCAACCGGGAACCUUCUUCCUGUGAGACCACAGUGCUAACCACUGCAUCACUGUGCCACCCAUACAAAACAUCACCCUCGGCAAAUGUUAAUAAAGUAACAGUGGUUGUGGGAAAAUAAUGAGCUGUGUUGCCCUUCAGCUGUUUAAUUAUCUGCCAAAUUAUUCUUACGGUAAGAAUGUGUUUUAUGAGCAUGUGUUCUGUGCCAGCUUGCUAAUACUUUGGGUGUGAUUACUAAAGGCAUACACCUGUUUGUGUUUGAUUAACACCGCCGGUUUCUGCGAGGAAGAAUGACUGAGUAAACUUGGAUCGAACACCACAAAGUCCACA